AUGUUGAGAAUCCUCUUGCACCUAUACCUUCUGAGCACAGUACGCAUUAUAUUCGUUUGCUCUCAUCACUUUACCCAUGUCGAAACUGAACUUCAAGAUCUUGUGACUCAACAGUCCGUCAUUGAGCGUGUUGGUAUGGUAGAAGUCAUUAGAGACUUCCGCGAUGGUAACAUUGUCACUGUCGAAUGGCCAACGCUAGUCGACAUAGUAUGCAAGCUAGACAGAGCGUCAGAGGAGCUCUUGUUAACUUACUUCGCAAAUUCCGUCCCGAUAUUAAUUGAUGAAGGCGACAUGAAUUGCGGAUGUAUCGCGCAGCCCCGAGCCGCUCAAACCGUUCAAGAAGCAAUGAACCAGGUCAACAAUGCUCGUGACCGACUUACAUUACUGGUAAAAGAAAAGGAGGGAGGCUAA